CGUCGCCGUGGUGGUCGUCGUCGUCGUCGUCGUCGUCGUGGUGGUCGUCGUGGUCGUGGUCGUCGUCGUCGUCGCCGAAAGAGAGACGUCGGCCCGUUUCGCUUUGCAUCGUAUUUUCAGUUCCAACUGAACGACGGCGACUAACGAAACCACGGGAAAUCGCAGUCGAAAACGAAAGAAAAGGAAAAAAAAAAGAAAAAUCAUUGUUCGCCUUGGUCGGCGUUUUGCUCGGCACGCGGCUUCGAGGUGCCUCUUCGCCGGUAGACGCACCCGAUUAAAAGGUGGGAGCACGCGGGAAAGCAACAGUGUUGAUCGAGCAACGGUGGGCCGUGAUACGGUGCCGGUGUUGAAUGGAAUUCCUUCGCGACAGAACGUUGUUUCAGUCAGGAUAACAGCGAAGGACGUUUAAAGUACAGUGAGACGCGAGGUAGAUAGGUUUGUUCGGCUCGCGAGGUGUGGUGACUCGAAGAGGACAUGUAAUUCUUUGCUAGGAUAACAUCGUUGGGAAAAUGUAGACCGCUGGCAGAGUUAUAAUAGAAGAUAUGCUAGCUUUCUGGCAACGGAUCUGGUUGGGAACAGUUGUUCGUGAAACAGUGCUUUAGGUGGACAGUGUCAGUGUCCGUCGCCAACAGGUUACAAUUUCUCCGAUGAAUAGUUCAAGAGAUAUCGAGAAAAUUCGCAGGUCCCUGGUUAUUUCGCGAAGAAUGAAGAAGAAGUACAAAUACGUUAUUCGACCGAUGCUAAAUAUCGAGCUGAAAUGCACAACCGUCUGACCCCCGCGGAACCAGGACAUUCGAUUGCGGGGUAGUGUGCGUUCCGAUCUCUUAUCGUGAACAUCGAAUAAAAUCAAUCCAUAGAAACCAUCAAGCUUUGUUAUAUCGUGCUAACGCAACUACGAAUUCCACCACGUGCCUUUCUCGUCGUGAUCUCGACGGUGUGUCUCCUUAUUUCCCUUCCACGUUUCCUCAUUGGCCCCGCGGUUUCGUUUUCCUCGCCACCGCCAUGACAUCGUGUUACCCUUUCCUCCGUAGUCGCGAUCUCGCUGCCGCGAAACAGGUGUCAGGAUGCGAGCCAUCGGGCGCAGAUUCGUCGACGGUGUUGGAUCAUUGAACGCGUGGAAAACGACAAGACGCACAGCACGGUCAGAACAUUUCCAAGUAAGCUAAGCGAUCGUGGAAAUGUCCGCACAAUGCGCUUCAACGAGACGUGCACCGUUCAUUCCUCCGGAUGUAGAGAAGCUUGACUUCCAGCCGACGAGGUCGAAUCAUCGCCGGAUUAUUCGCGGAUCGUCGUCGCGAUUCUGGGAGGAAUCGUUCGGACAGAUUUCCGAUUAUCACGAAAGUACACCCCUUUCGUUGUCUUAGGAUCAAUCGGGCGAGGACGAAUCGAAGUAAGAAGGUCGCCGUUACGUUCACCAUUCGAACUGAACUACCAUCGUCGAACGGAAUACUAGUCCUGUUGCACAAACGAAGAUUCAACCAACGAUCGGUUGAAUCGUUAACGGCAACGGCGACGUUUUCCAGAUUCCUGGCAUCCUGUUCUGGAAUUCGUGGGAACGCCGCGAGGCGCAGGGUUGUAUCCCACUAUAAAUAGAUGUUUUCUCGAGUUGGAUCGUACGUCUUGAGCUGGCCAAGCAUCGGAACAGAGAGAUACACAGACACACACACCUACGUAUACAGAGACGAGGAUCUAACCUCGUGACACGCAUGUCGGAGACGUCGGGAAGAUCGAGCUUCUCCUUGUCCUUGGAUCAGCCAAAGGAUCAACCCAUGUGUCGUUGAAACAGCUUGCUCGGAUUUUGUAGAUUUAUCUAGGUAGAAGCUUGUAACCGGGGUCCAAAGGAAGUCGAGCAAAGACAUCCAGCCUUUCUUGCGAGCUGAAACGCGCCAUCGACUCUGUCCACAUUUGAAUUUUGUACAAAGAAAAAAAGAAAAAGAAAAAAAAAACACACACACACACACACACACAACGAUCCUAUCCGCGAAGAGGAGGCGAUUUAAAAAAAGGAGUUAAAAAAAAGCGGCGUGUUAAGUGGAACUUUUGUUGGAGUGGCCACGUCCUUAAAUUGUUUACUAAGCAUCAUCUUUUGUAUGUACGACUAGCAACGAAUCUUCUUCAUAUUUCUUCGGCCCUGUACGUUGUCGCGACGUGACAGCGAACGGGAUUCAGGAACGAAUAUCGCGACGAACGUCGUCGAUCAUUUUUUUAGCUGGUGCUUCUCUUUGUCCUCGACGAAUCAUUAUGCUCAACUCGUGCUGUGCUUUUUUCUACCGUGCUUGUACGCAUGCUGCGAGUGUUUUUUCAGUGGUCUAGUGUUACGCGUUAAUUGUUAAACAAGGCUUGACAAGCCUUCGAUCGAACGCCAACCACGUCUCGUCGGCCCAGGUACCUGGGAAUAUUCCUGAGAUGCCUGUUAGACGAGGACACGUGGCGCCUAGGACAACGAUUAUCGAAACCAUCAUCAGGAAGUUUGACACUCACGAUCGAAGUUUUUUAGUGGCCAACGCUCAACAAGGACUAUGUCACAUAAUAUAUUGCUCGGACGGUUUCUGCCGGCUGACGGGCUUUUCGAGGGCGGAAGUGAUGCAGAGACCGGCGAUUUGCGAGUUCCUUCAUGGGCCAAUGACGUCCCCCCAUGCGGUCGCAGCCCUUCGCGACGCCCUCGCCGCCGGCGUCGAAAAGCAUUUCGAGAUCCUUUACUACAGGAAAGACGGCACCAAAUUUCUGUGCAGCGAGGUGAUAGCGUUAAUAAGGAGCGAGGUGGACGACAUCUGCUUGCAAAUCAUAAACUUCGAGGAUCUGAGCUCCCAACCACCUCCACAGCCUGCAAUUCCGCCCCCAAGCCAGACCAACAACAGGCUCGUCACACGCUAUUCAAUGACGUUGACUCGAGCAGUCGACAGGGCAAGGGCGUCCUUUCGUGCCGGUCUAUCCAGGACUGGUGUCGUUGGUCCGCCAAGGGUCAGGAAUCGACCAAGAAACACGACCAACUUACCUCAUCGACUUGCUGACGGGACCAUCCUCGACGAGGACGCCUCUGAGAACUGCCCACUAACAUGUGGUUCACCUACAAUGAUGGAAUCUUGGGGUCCUGCAAGGACUGGCACACCCCCGCCCGCUCUUCCAGCCCCGCCAGCUGGGGGCAACAAUGGUGGUGCAACCGCAAACGUUGCACAGCACGGCACCACUGCGCCGAUUGCCAGUCCCGAAGGGGUGAGCGACGUCUCGCAGAAGUCUGGCAUCUGGGAUGGCUCGAACUUUCCGUCGACCGGAGGAGCGGAAGGACCGUCCCGAAGCGUUUCCCACGCCGCCAGUUUGGACGCGAUCUCGAGGAGGGCGGUGAAACCGGAAACGUCGAGGGCGCCCUGUCGCAGCCUCACCUGCAGCGUUUUAGCGGGCCGAGGGAGCGAACAUGUCACCCUCGAGCGACGACCAGCGACAGUCGAUAAUCUCACGGAAGCUACUAAACAUUCGAAAAUCUUUCCUGGCGUUGCGUCCGAAAGUGACUUGCAAAAAUGGCGGACGUCCAAAGACCGGAAGUCGCCAUCCCUCAGCCAGAUGGGGCCCGACUCCAUCAGACACAAAUUUUCCUUGCAGGACAACGGGUCCGCGAAAUACUUUCAAGGUGCCAUGCACACGUCGAACAUGGGAGAAAAGGUGGCCCAGGUGCUGUCCCUUGGAAACGAUAUCCUCCCAGAGUACAAAUUACAGUCACCUAGGAUCGGCAGGUGGACCAUACUGCACUAUUCACCGUUCAAGGCGGUCUGGGAUUGGGUGAUACUACUGCUCGUCAUGUACACGGCUAUAUUCACCCCAUACGUAGCCGCCUUCGUCCUGUCGGAUCCAGAUUACAACAGCAGGAAGAACAAAAAGUAUAGUGACGAUCCCAUCGUCAUCAUAGACUUCAUAGUCGACGUCACUUUCAUAGUGGACAUCAUCAUAAAUUUUCGCACGACUUUCGUGAAUAGCAACGAUGAAGUGGUGUCCCAUCCUGCUAAGAUAGCCGUCCAUUACCUGAAGGGUUGGUUCAUCAUCGACCUGGUGGCUGCCAUACCCUUCGACCUUUUUCUCGUUGGCUCGCACACUGACGAGCUCGGCUUGGACAAGGACGAGACGACAACCUUGAUAGGACUUUUGAAGACGGCUCGUCUUCUGAGGCUCGUCAGAGUAGCCAGGAAGAUCGACAGGUACAGCGAAUACGGAGCUGCGGUUUUGCUCCUUUUAAUGGGCACCUUCGCUCUUAUUGCUCACUGGAUGGCGUGCAUAUGGUACGCCAUUGGGAACGCGGAGAGACCAACGUUGAAGAGUAAAGUCGGUUGGCUCGAUAUUCUGGCCAACGACACGCAUCAGUUUUAUUCACACAACAACACCGGAGGGCCGAGUAUAAAGAGCCGCUAUAUCACAGCACUGUAUUUCACCUUUAGUAGUUUAACGUCGGUGGGAUUUGGAAACGUGGCACCAAACACGGACGCCGAGAAGAUAUUCACUAUAAUAGUUAUGCUAAUCGGAUCUCUGAUGUACGCAAGUAUCUUUGGUAACGUAUCAGCGAUCAUUCAAAGGCUUUACAGCGGUACAGCGAGAUAUCACACGCAAAUGCUUCGAGUUCGAGAGUUCAUAAGAUUCCAUCAGAUCCCUAAUCCGCUUCGUCAACGAUUGGAAGAGUACUUUCAGCAUGCUUGGACGUACACGAACGGAAUCGAUAUGAACAGCGUACUGAAAGGAUUCCCCGAGUGCCUUCAGGCGGAUAUCUGUCUUCAUUUGAACAGAAAUCUUUUGAACAACUGUAGAGCCUUCGAGGGUGCCAGUCCAGGUUGUUUAAGGGCAUUAUCGUUAAAAUUCAAAACCACACACGCUCCGCCUGGUGACACGUUGGUUCAUCGGGGGGACGUGUUGACGUCCCUGUACUUCAUAUCGCGUGGCAGUAUAGAGAUAUUAAAGAGCGACGUGGUGAUGGCCAUCCUGGGCAAGGACGACAUAUUCGGGGAGAAUCCUUGCAUAUAUCCGACAGUCGGGAAAUCGUCGUGCAACGUUCGCGCUCUGACUUAUUGUGAUCUGCACAAGAUACACAGGGACGAUUUACUCGACGUUCUGGCUCUCUAUCCAGAGUUCUCCAAUCAUUUUAGCCAGAAUCUCGAGAUCACUUUUAAUCUGAGAGACGAGGAACAGGCUGGUGUCGAUCCAAUAUCAGCAAGGUUCCCUGUCAGCACUCCAACGGACGUCGAAGUCGACGCUAGGAGAUUCGCUUUCCGUCCACCACGAUACCGUCGAGGACCCGGGGGUCCUGGCACCAAUCUUAUCCCCACCGGUCGACAAGACUCCUUACAGGGUGAUCAGGAAGACUAUGACAAAGCAAGUGGUCAUGGAAUUUUGGAAUUCAGCACCGACAAAGCGGGCCAAGAUGUGACACCGUUAAAUUUAGAGUUCGACGAGCCGAAGCAAAGAAGUUCCACAUUGAACUCCAUAACCGGCAUGCUAACCCAUCUCAAGCGCAGCAUACCGGACCUACGUCAGCACAAGAUCCAUCUGCAACCACUGACGAGUCACGAUUACCUUGCCAAGCAGAUGACCACCCCGUUGACGAAACCAGCACGGAGAAGCUCCGCCGCCGACGAAAGCUGCCUCAGUCAGAACGCGGUGCACCCAACAUCGACGACGUCCAGUCAUUAUACCACACCGUCGCCACCACAGCAUCCACAGUCACACGGUGACUUUCAAAGCGGACCAGGCCGGCCUAUAGAGGAGAUGAACGUCAGGAUAGAUCAACUGUCGCGACAGGUGUCCUCUCUGGAACACUCGAUGGGAGAGAACAUUAGAUUGAUCCUAACGCUGCUCCAGCAGACCCUUAAUUCGUCGAGGGAGAGCUCCAGCAUCGAGAUGAUGCCUGGAACAGCACCAGCCGGACCUGCUAAACAAAGUAGUAGAGCCCCGGCACUGGUCCAACGGUCAGCCAGCGAACCACAACCCCCGACUGCACCGCCGUCGAACAAUGGAAACGGAAAGCUUCAGCCUAGCUCGUCCCACGGUUUGUUUAGCUUUCUUUCGAAAUCCCUGGAUCAGUUGCAUUUGAUUUCGGCGUCUUUUAUUUUGGAAAGGUUGGACAAGUUCCGAAGCAGACCUCCGACGAGAGAUCCGACGUCAACGUCCUCAGGUACAUCUCGAUUAACGGUGACGUCGGACACGUCGGCGUUGGCGACGGCCCUGCAAACGGCGUUGAACGGUAGAACCGCGCCCACCAGGUCUCAAAGUCAACCCGUCGACCUGGCUGUACCACCCAACACGCAACAGGCUCACCUGCCACACGCCUGGCACAGUCAACCUGCUGCGUUUAGGAGAGGAGAGUUCAGGAGCGGGUACAGCUCGUUCAACAAACGUUCAGAGCCAGAAGGUGAAGAUCCAUGGAGCUGUGUUGUGUCCGUCUCGGAUCGAGGAGCUUCUCAACGUCCCCGGAGUAGCGAGUCUCGUAAAGAACCAACGAAUCAUCGGGGUUCCAGCAAUUUGGCAUCGGCUCAACGUUCCGAGAGUAGACAACCGGGUCAGGAUGGCAGCGGUCAGCCAUCGAGUGGCCGGCAGGAGUCCUCGAGGCAAGCCAGCGAGGAUAUAUCCUGGGAGUUCACGAUAAACGAGGCGCCGAUCGCGAGAUUAGAGUCAUUGGACGAGCUCGAUCAGGAUCACGGUAGUUAAGGCCAAGGUUAGCCACUUCCUUUUGAUGCACUCUCGGCUCAUUUGCGACUGAAACGCGAUACGUGUCGAUGCGAUCGAUUAUAAACGAUCAUUCGGAUGGCUGUGGACUCCUUCCGUUCCCUUUUUGAAGGAUUUAACGAAGGUGGCGCCAGGAUGGCAAUCGUGUCUGGCUGCUCGAUAUUCUUCUAGCGAAUCUCCUAUUUAAUCACCUCUCAUUUCACACCCAUCGUUAAUAAAUCUAUCUUUCCCUUUAAAUCACCCUCGAUCGUUUCUUUUUCUACUGAUAUUAAAACGAAGCGUUUAAUAUUUUAAGUAGAACUAUGCAUCUUCUGAAAACGAAAACGUCCGAUGUUCUUUCAUUCUAAAGACGUUUUCCACGCAUACUGCGUUACUAAUUAUAUUUAUCAAGCACGAUCACGACGAAUUAGUAACUUUCAGUACUCGUUCGAAUCACGUAACAAUUCAGUUCGGGAAUCGUUAGAAGAACAUCGAUCGUCAUGCGAUCAGCAAUAUCGACGUGGUAGUACAAGACGUGCGAAGAGCGAAAAGACGAUAGAAAAGGAACGAGAAUCGAAAGCACGAGCGGCGUUUCAGAAUGUUGUACACAUAUACACAAGGACACAUAUAUUAUAUAUAUUAUAUAUAUAUCGUCGAAGUUUCUAUUCGUAUUGCUGCUAUUUCCUUCGAGCGAUUUUUUAAUUAAAUUAACAGACACAUAGACACGCGUAUACAUUAUCCUCUCGAGGCGAUGCUGAUGAUUUCAUAAAUAUAGGAACGACACACGAUGAAGGAAUAAGGAAGGAGAUGAAUUUUCAAUAAAUAAAUACCACAAAACGUUACAAAUGAAAGUACAGAUUAAAGCGAAACGGGAGGGAAAAACGUAUGAAACGGUGCGGCUCGUGAAUGUUUCUCAAGUAUUAAAGUCCUUCGCGUCACGGUGAACACGUAGCUAAUUUGAAAAUUUAAGGAUAUAUCGACUGAAAGCACCUUCUUUUUUUAAAUGCUUAUAGACGAUGCGUUUAUGGCGAGACGAGUUGUACGAUUUCUUCACAGGGGAAUCGUAUCGAUUGCGAUCUUUGGGAGAUAUCAUACAUGUGUAAGAUUAAAUAAACGAAGAAGGGCAUUGUCGAGAGGCAAAACAAUGAAUUAUUAACGACGGAAGGAGUAUAAAUUGAAACAAAACAAUUCUGAGUGCCACCUACGAGUUAAAACUGCAAUGUCCUUUAUACAGACAACCAAAGAACAAAACCUAAGUAAAUAAAUAAAUAAAUAAAUAAAUAAAUAAAUGAUUAAAAUGAAAAUACGAAAGGCAAGCGAGACAUGGAAAAUUAUUGCGGAGAAAAUUUAGAUAAUUACUAAUAUUCUUACUAUUAUUAUUAUUAUUGUUAUUAUUAUAUUAUAUUAUAUUACAUUAUUAUUGCCAUAAUGUAGGGAAGAUACGUAAGCGCGAUGGGGAAGAGGCGAGGAAUUAUAAUACCGAUGGUAUUUUAAAAAAUCAUUCAAGAAAAAGGAGAUGAGAAUUACAAUUGCCUGGGCAAUAAUGGUAUAUAAAUAUAUAUAUAUAUAUAUAUAUAUAUGUGCGUGUGUACGUAUAUACAUACAUUCGCGCUUGUGUAUGCGUAUACACGUUGUAAAAAAAUUUUUUACAAGAUAUCUCGAAUUAAUUCAUUGCUCCUAAGCGUACGUUGGUUUCUCUUCCUCUCUUUUCGUUCUCGACCUCCCGAAUUUAAUUUUUCACUCACCCCUCGCCCAACCACCCUGUUGGCGAUUUAUCGCACAGUGAUAAGGGUGAUAUUCGACGAUCGAUAGUCCUCGAUCAUUUCCAAAUUCAUUUGGAAGAUUCUUUUCAACCUGUUGCUACGAAUCAUUUGUUGUAAUUAAAUUUUUAAUUCGAAUCAAUGAUGAAAUUAUAAAAAUUCAUUUUUAAUUAUGUAUAUCGUUAAUUCUACCGCGAUCAAUUUCUUGUAUUACUGACUUAUUGUACAAUUGUUCAUUUUCGUAGAAAACUAGGGAAAGCCUCGAUCGAGGAUCAUAUCGAUCAAUCACUGAUCUAUUCGUUCGUUGCUCAGUAUUUUAGGCUGUAAAUGAAUACCGAUACAUUCGAUGUAACGAUUUAAACGACUCGCAGUUACAUUGUAACGGAAGGAACAGGCGACGCAGCGCUAAUGGGAGACAGCUUUUUAAUUAACAUAUAGCUUUGAUUAUUAUUACUAUCAGUAGUACACGCAGCACACGUGGAUUUCCGGCACUUAGACACGCGAUGAAACGGGAUUUAUUGUUCUAACGGAUGUUCGACGUGGUUCAAAAGAAAAGAGGGCAACAGUGAUUAGAAUAAUCAUUUUCUUUUUUUCUUUUUUAAAGAUCGAUGCACAAGUGCAGAAUCCAGUUUUAACCCUCGGAUGGCGGACCAUAGAGACAGGCCAAAUUUUAAUUUAGUUUUGUAUUUCAUGUUAUUUUAAUUUUCCAAAUAAUAUUAGUUAGCAAAUGGAAAUCCUCAAUUUAAAAAUUAUCUAUUUUUUCUCUUUUGCGUUGAGGUCGGGAGAGGGAGGGAGACUAAUAAAAAUUAACUUGGCGUUACCGACAUGAAUGUAAUUAUUGGAAGAUUUGAGUGCCUCAAUUUAAAAAUUAUCUAUUUUUGUGCUAGAUAAUUAGCCCCCGGACCGCGGACCAUGGGGAGAGCCCCAAUUUUAAUUUAAUUCUGUAUUUUAUAUUAUUUUUAUUUUCUAAAUUUUACACUGCUCUUUCAAAAAUUAUUCUUCCAAUAUACAAUUUUUUUUGUUUAAAAAUUAUACAUUUAUAUGUUUUGUAUAUUUGGGUCACGAUUGGCCCAGGAUCCGCUGUUCAAGGGUUAGAUUGAAACGCAUAAAAAAAAACAAUGUUUUUCAUUGAUAAAUGUUCGAUCAACUGUUACUGCUGGUCUCGUUUCAAUAUAUCUUAUGAAAUUCGAUGAACGACGCAGAGUCGGAUAAGAAAUGAAACGUCCGUCGCAUCAUUUUCAAGAGACUUUAGUUAAAACCCGUCAUGAUUCAGUCCGUACCGUUUUAACAUCGAAUUUUUGCAAAGAUUUUUUGGAGACAACACGAUGAACGAUCGACGCAAGUUUUGUAACGUUUGAAAUUUGUCGUUGUAACGAAACGAGAGCAAAAUGUACGAUUCCGAAUGAAUUAAUUAAUGCGAUGAGAUAAAUGAUUGUUCCGCUCUCUUUAUUUUCACCGCAAAAGAAUCUCAAAACCGAGAGAAUCAAUUAUCGUCGAUUUUCAAAUUUUCAUAAAUUAAGCACGAAAUUUCUCGCUGUGCUUGUCACGCUGAAAGUUUUCAGAAUCCGCUGGUAGAAUGAAAUAACGCAUGCAACAGUUUUUCGAAUUUCUGAUUGAAAGUUAAUCGUUCAUUUUUGUUAAUCUUUUCAAAUGCACACUCGCAGAAAUAUAUUAGAAGAUAUUAUAACCUUCAUCGAAUUUACCUCUCGCUUUUGAAUUCUACCGCGGUCGACGCACGAGAGGAAGAGCAAAGGGAAGAGGGAAAAUGGUUUAAAAAUGAUAUUAAUCCAGUUAAGAUCAAGAUCGAGCCGUCACGAGCUGGCUGUGUGACGGAUACUUCAUUAAGGGUGAUCCUUGAUUAAUUUACAGCCACGUUGUUCAUUAGAAAGGCUGUCUUCUCGAGACAAACAUCAAGAUCCUUCCAAAAUUAAUUAAUUAAUUAGAAAUUUCUCCAUUUGUAUUUAGUUGAUUUAGCGAUUCUAAUUUAUUCCCAUAAUUUAUUGUAUCUUUAAUGAAUAAAUUACUUCAUUAAUUUUAAGGAUUCUUGCGUUAAUUUAUAUCGAAGUUACUAUAAUAUUACUCGAGAAAGGGUUGUAAAUAAUGGAAUAACAAGCAAUACUAAAUGCUCGAGAAGGAAGAUCAAGGAUCAUCCAUCGUGAAUGCGUUUUUCAUUUGUAAAGCGAUCGAAGAAAAUGUGGAAUAUGCUCAAAGAAAAAAGAAGAAAGAAAGAGAACGAUAGAAUCCUAUCCGCGGUAGAUGAAUUUACCCACGUCUUUUUCCCAGAUCAUGCAAUUUAAAAUUGUUCUGUAUUUACGAGAUAAUCUUGGAUCGUAUCGAUUAUUAUAAAGGUGAGCGCACUGAUUUGUAACACGUAACAAAGAGAACAUUUCGGAUGAAUGAAUGUAUGAAAGGGUGAAAGAGAAAGGGGGUUGAAAAAGAAGAGAGUAAGAUAGAGUGAAAGACGAAAUGAUUUUUAUACCACCCCCUAAAUCAAUUCCUGCUCAUCACCGAGCACCAUCCGAUUCAAAUAAAAUAACACGAGAGUCUUUAUUCUGACCCUCCCCCCCCCCCCCCGUCUAGAAAGAAUUAUCGAUGAAACGAGAGCAUUCGCUUGAAAAGAAGAUAUCGCCUCGAAUUUUUUUACAGCGUAGCUCGAAUAAAAAUGUUCGCAUUCAACAAACUGUUCCCAAUUUAUUAUUCCACUUUAGGUUGAUCGAAUAUUUAAUUCUUUUAUUUAUAUAAAAGGUGCUUUCCCUCGCAUCGAUGAUGGUUUCUUAUAUCUUUUUUGUUUUCGAAGAAAAUUAGGGUUGUUUUAGAAAGAAUCGUUCAAGAUUUGAUCAGUGAUUAGUUGAAGGUGGAGAACGGAAAAAGAAAGGAAACUCUGAUAGAAUUCUUCUUCGCAAUAGUAUCCGAUGAAUGUAACAUUGCAAUAAUAAAUAAUUUCAAUGUCAUCGAUCAUCUGACUAUGCUCGAUCAAUUAAAGGGAAUGGGUGGCAAUGGUGGUACGAACAGGAAGUGGUAGAGGUGUCGAUCGUUUCGAGAACGACUAAACUCAUGUUACGUACCUAUAUAAGUUUUCGUAUAUUGCAUAAAACUACGUUUGUUAAAUAUUUUCACUACGCCGACACGUAUUCGUGUGCCUCACUACCCUCCUGCCACGUGUUAUCCUACGAUUUUACCUCAUUCUCGCUGCACCAAAGGUGAAAUUCACCCUGUCACGACAAUUUUUGCGACUUUCGAUUGAAAUCAAACCUCGACAAACGACGCGGUCGUAUUGAACUUAAAAGAUAAAUAAAAAAAAUGAUAAACGAUACACAUUCGUUGUUAAGUAUUAUCAAAUUGAUUAAAGAUCAUGAAAGAGAAGAAUGAAUGAACUCUUCUUACGUACUACGUGUACACGUUAUUAUAUACAUAUUAUUUAUUUGAAGAAACAGAGCGAGAGAGAAUGGAAUUACUGUAUGAAGAGAACAAAUUUGUAUCUUCUUUUCCCACCUAGUUGCUUACAUUUGUAUACGGCAAGAAUAUAUUAAAAGAUUACGUGAGUAGUUUUUUAAAACGA